AUGGGAACACUUUUCAUUUUCGUGGGUCUGCUCUACCUCUGUGGUCUUUCCUUUAGUCAAGAAUGUAGAAAGGACCUUCUGGAGAACAUUAAUUUCCUGGGAACAGAGAUAAAAGUACUCCGCUCUCCUGAUGCUGUGCAUUGUCAGCACCUGUGCACCCAACAUCACCGUUGUCUUUUCUUUGCCUUCGUUCGGCCUGACUCCACCAUAGAUAACAGGUAUUUCUACUGUCUCCUCAAGUCCACUCCCUCUGGACAGCCCAAAGCUCGGCCUUCAAAGCAGGGUAUCACCUCUGGCUUUUCUCUCAAACCCUGCUACCCAGACCCAAAACCUUGUCUUCCUCAGGUGUACCAGAACGUGGACUUCCUAGGGGCAGACUACCGAUCCUUGUUCACAAGUGACUAUGAGGAGUGUCAGAGAGCCUGCACACAAGACCCUGGCUGUCAGUUCUUUACUUUUGUAAAUGGAGUCUUCACACCGGAGAGGAUUAGGUACAAGUGUCACCUUAAAUUCAGCUGGACAAUACCAAGGAUUCCUACUAUAGAAAGAAAGGCUGGUGUAGUAUCUGGGUUCCCCCACGAAGCAGAAAUAAUUCAGUCCUUUGACACAGUGUGUCAGGGCAAGCUCUUUCCAAGAACUGAUAUCAAAGGAAACAACAUCGAGACGCUGCCCGCUGCCUCACCUGAACACUGUCAGACAUUGUGCUCUGCUCAUCCACUCUGCACCUACUUCUCUUACACCAGUAAUGACUACAAAUGUUAUCUGAAGAACAACCCCAAUGAAAUGGUGACCAUAAGUAAAGAGGGAGUAACAUCUGGGCUACCAGCACGCUUCUGUCAGCAAGUUAACAGCUGGGUGCGGGACGCUUAUGAAGGAAUAGAUUUUCGAGGGUCUGACAUUAGCUACGAGCUGAUGGAUGACCCAGACAUGUGCCAGUGGAAAUGCACAGAGGAUCCCAACUGCCAGUUCUACACUUAUGUCAACGAGAGCUUCUUUGACCGUAAUUACUGGCGCCGCUGCUAUCUCAAGCGUGUCAUCACCAUACCUGCUCCUCCCAAAGUUACCAAUUUGAGUAAUGUUGUGUCCGGCUUCUCCCUGAAGAACUGUUAUGGGAUUGUUUAACUUGUAUAUACAAACACUUUCAAAAAAAAGGAAAAUUACAGUUGAAGACAUGAAAAUUUCAACAAAAUAUUCAACCAAAGCAUUCUGUGUGCAUGAUUACAUUACUGUAUAAAUCUCCUUCCUCUCUCGCUCCUCCUCUUUACAUCAGCUUCCAAAAGAGGAAGCACCCUCAUAUACACACACAUUUCUGACCUUUCCCUCUGUGUCCUUCAGACGUGCCCACUACCACAUUAAUGUGGCAGUCUGAACUUUGGAUGCCAAUUCUUUCACAAAAAUAAAUAAAUCAAAUUAAAAAACUGUGCAAAUUUUUCUCCUGUCAUUUUUUGGUAAAUGGUAAAUAUGGUAAAAAAAAAUGAGUUAAUAAAUACAGUAUGUCAACAGAAGCUAAACCAAACAGUAGACAGUCAAUGGUUGAUCAUCCCUUCAUUUUAGUUAAGUUCCUUUACAUAAAAUGGCACCAGCUCAUGUAAACCAACACCAGAAAGUCAAAUUUGAAGUGAAGUAUGAAGAACAUUUGCUCAUUUGGAUUUAUGCUCUGCAGGAAGAGUUCCUGUCUCCAGCAUCUGUACCGUACCCUUGAUGGAUCAACAUAGUCAUGAUCCAUGAAGGGUACGGGUCACUGAGUAUGAUUUAUGUAUACUGGUUUUUGUUUGUUGCAAGAAAAAAAUUGUGAAAAAAUUAGCCACAUUUCUUUAAGUGCUUUAGUAAAUUACUCAUAUUUCUGGUUUGUCAUAUUACAUGGCUGAGCUAACAAUAAUAUAUAUUUUUGCUGUAUUACUGUACCGUAUAUCUUGCAACCCGAUUCUUAGGCCAUGAAAA